AUGAAUUAUACUCUACAGCAACAAGAAUCUGAAGCUAGGAGGAAGUAUAUGGAGAUGCAUGAAGCUAGAAUUAGCUUCAUCAAACAGAGAGUGAAGCAGGAUUGGAUAAGUAGUGGAGAUCAGAAUAGUAGAUACUUCCAUGCUUGCCUAAGGAAGAGAAGAAUUCAUAAUCAGAUUUGUAGAAUCCAGGAUAUGAAUGGAGUAUGGCAGGAAAAGCAGGAAAAUAUUGAAGAAGCUUUCAUUCAAUAUUAUAAGGAGUUACUGGGUAAAACUUAUACACCUGAGGAUAAAGUCAGCAAGACAAUCAUCAAAGAGGGCCCUAUGUUCGAUGAUAUUCAAAGGCAGGGGCUGUGUGAGAGAUUUACUAUGAAGGAUGUGAAGAAUGCAUUCUGGGAUAUUGAUGAUAACAAGAGCCCAGGGCCUGAUGGGUACAGAUGUAAGUUUUUUAAGGAAGCUUGGCCAUGCAUAGGAGAAGAUGUAAGUCAAGCCAUCCUUAAUUUCUUUCAAUCUGGAAAAAUGCUGAAACAAAUAAAUGCUACAAAUUUGUGCCUUAUACCUAAGAUAGAACAACCUAUCAAUGUCUCCUAA